UUACUCUUUCUCAUCUUUCUCAUCAUGCUAUUUCUCUCCUCAUUCACUCAUCUACACUUUCUAUCAACAAUUUAGGUUCACCCUUGUAAAUAGUGUCACCUUUGAUAAAAUUGACUGUAAAUCCAGUCUCUCAUUGCGCCUCGCAAUCAAUCCAUUUGUUGUCUGUCCAAGUUAAUCCACUCAACUUCAGUAACCUUCAACCAUCAAACAAGCAUUUGACCACAGUUAUUAGCCAUGAUUAACUUUUAAUUGCCCACUAUUAGCUUCUCAUAAUCAACUGUCUCUUUAAUCUGGUCAUUAAAACACACCGAGUCUCCAUUCAAGACACAGACUAAAACGUCUAUACUUUGACUUGCUUUUAAAUCUGUUAACCAGCCAACAGACAUCAAAAUGUUUACACCUAAAAGUGGAUCAUCAAAUACACCUGAAGUACCAAAGAGACGCAAUCGUAAAGAUAUCAGCAGAUCGGGACAGGAUUUACACCAAAUGAGUCAAAAAUAUGACAGAGAUGCAUUCGCCUUCAAUCAUUACAUUGGCUUCUUGAGGCAACCAUUGAAAAGACACCUUUCUUCGGACAUAAGUUACCUCGUACCUUCAAUGCAACUUCCAGUUGUUCAAAUAAGUUCAUCAGAUCAGACACCACAAACAGCAAUGAAUUACAAUACUAAUAAUACUCCAUCACCACUAAAUUCAUCUAAUGAUCGACCUCCUUUGGCUGUGAGAUACGAGACAAGUAAUACUAGAAGCAAUCAAGAGCCAAUUUACUCAGCUCCAAGAAGACAGAGAUCCUUUAGGAAACAACGAUCUCUCGAUAAUCAAACAAAUGAAGGGCAACUUAUUUCCACUCCGGGUCCAAAUGAAUCAAACAACCAGUCUGGCAGUUUAUCAGUGGCAUCAUCAUCAGUUCCUCAUUUACCAAUGACAACUCAACUCCAAAUUCAUCAACAGCCAGAGACACCAGCUUACACAUUGAAACCAAUUUCUGCAUCAACUGAAGGUUUAAUUCAACAUAUUAUUUCUCAACAAUCACAAAUUGAAAGAUUGUCUAAACAGCAAGAUUUUUUGACUCAACAGUUGCUUCUCUCUCGAGAUACUUCCCAGGAUGCUAAAAGACGUGGACAUUCUCGUGCAAGAUCACGGUCAACAUCGUCUAAAAACACUCAUGGUGGCAGUUCAACAUCAUUAGAGCAAGUUAAACAUCGUUCAUCUUCCCGUGAAAAGAUUCAAGAGCAGUUACACGCUCAACAGGCACGAGUACAGCAACAUAUUCAACAAUUAGAAGCUCAGUUGGAGUUGAUUCGAGAUAUACGGACUAGUUCAAGACCAAGCUCAAGAUCACACUCAAGAGAGGCAUCGGUUCGAUCAAGUUGCCCUCCUGAUGAUAAAAACUACUCACGAAGACCUUAUUCAGCUGAUCCUAAAUGGCUUGACUCGAUUCCAUCACAAUCAGAUCAAACAGCUUCCUCAAAAAAGUCCACCAAUGUAUCAAAUAAAUUUUCAACUCAAUCCAAGGCUCGAGAUGAACAUCAGCCAGAUGAUUUCAAAGACAUUCAACAACCAGAACAAUCUUUAAACAAACCUCGACUUAUAUUGACAAAUCCAUCAGAGGAGAGUAAAGAUGAUUUGGAUGAAAAUCGUGUAUCUGAUAACAGUAAUACCGGGUUAGUUGUUAAUCGUCCAACUCUUUUGGAUCAAGAUGAUGGAAUACCUUUCAUGGAUGAAGAGUUGAAUGAUGAACGUGAUGACGGUGCAGAUGAAUCUGAUGAACUAGAAACUGUGUUUGAAUUUGAACGAAGCAAAUCACCUAAAGGAGGUUACAAUGAGGAAAGGAAUGGCGCUUAUAAGUGCGAAGAGGAUGAUGAAUAUGAAGAUUGGGAAGAUGAUGAGAUUGACUUUUACUCUCAUGAUGUUGGGGAAUCGCCAGAAGCCGAAUCUGAUCCAUGGGCACAGCUAAUGGAGGAAGAUAUAAUGAGAGCAAGGACAGAAAUGGAUAACCAAAGAAGCUUAAUGGAAAGACAAGAGAUGGAAUUGGCUGAACAAAGACAACAAAUUUUGAUUAAUUCAAACCCAGCGAGACAACAGCUAUCUGCACCAUCACCGAUAACUGUUAAUAAAAUGAACUCUAAAAGUAUAGCAAAUCAGAAUCUGGUUGAACAAUCACGAGUUAGUCAACAAAGCAAUCAGUUCAAUGUUACCGGAGAAACUUUUUUACGACCAAAUGUAAAUUUAAUCCCUUCACCAGUGUCACCACCUCGGUCACCAAGUCCAAUACCAUUUUCAAUGAGAAACGAAACUAAACAGCAACCAAAAUUAGACUCAAGACACAAUUAUCAAGCUCAGUUUGAGGCCAAACAGACUCAGGGAAAUAUUUUCAAUUUUGAUCAAGCUAGUAUUCAAUCAUUUCAACCAACAGUUCAUGUUAGUAAUCAACAGCACAGGUUGUCGCCGAAUUAUACUCAGCCUGGAAUGACUAAGGUUGAUCCACAAAUUAAUAGAUCUAGAUCGCCUGUUCCAGAAAAUUUGAAUAGUCUUGAGUAUAACUACAAUGUACCACCUAAAAUAAUUGAUAGACAAAUAUCGACACCAGUUCCAUAUAAUCAUCAAUCCACUGGAAAACCAAUCUCAUCACCUGAUUCAAACUAUCUUAAGAGACCAUCUCUUGAGAAUCAACCAACUGAUUUAAUGGCCCAAUCGUCAAUCCUGAGAUCAAAAAUGAUUCAACCUUCGGCCAGUCUAGCAUCAUCUUCAAAAAAUAUUAAACCCAAAAUCAAUCAACACAACUUGAUGCAAACAGCAAACUUAAAACAACCUGCAGCUCCUCCAAGGCGUAAACCUGUAACUCCAAGAUCACAAUCGCCGAUUUUUGGCUCAUCCAAUGCUUCACCUUCUUAUAGAAUACAAACGAACAAGAAUCGAAUGGCAGAUCAAAUGUUAAGUCAACCUAAACGACCACAGCGAGCUCAUCCUAUGGAUCAACCUUUCAAUCAAUCUACUUUUAAUCAUCAAACAAACUCUACUAAUUUGGAUGGACGAUACUCUCCGAGAGUUUACUCACCUAAAACUAUGCAAUUAACAGACAAUCGAUCAGACACAGUAUUUAGACCCAUAUCAACUAAAAGUCAACCUAAACCAACACCAAUGAUUAGAAUUGAUCCCGCUCAGAGUCGAUCCAACCUUAACCUUUCAUCGUCUUUCACUAACUUAGCGAGAAGAUCACCAAGCCCACAACCACAAACAGUCAAAAAACCUUUUGGUUCCUCUUUUAUACAACGUAUAAUGGGUAACAGUGAAAAACCAGAAAAGCCACCAAAACUCGAAAAAUUCGAACAACAGCAAACAUUAUCACCCAUUGACCGUCCAAUGUCACCUUCUGGUCACACUCUUAAAAUCGAUAUGCAAACAAUUAGAUCAAAUAGAUCACGAGCAUCUUCACCAGCUCCACCUAAUAAGGAAAAAUCACCGGUACCUAAACCAGCGAGAAAAAUAUUCAACAAUAAGGAAACAGUUGAAGCAGGUUCCUUCGUUGACCAUUUUAAUCAUUAUUAUGCCCCUAAUACUGAGAAACCUCGUCGUCCAUUAAGUCAACAAUUUACAAAUAUAUCAACGGGCGACUUGAACAGAAUGGGCCGGUCAGUCACUCCUAAUAGAGAUGUCAACAGCAAAAUGGAUAGUGAAGGAAGACUGAGACGAAGUGGUUCAUCAAUUAGAAAACCAAACAACCAAAGUACAGCCAAUGCUUUAAUUGAUGCGCCAAUCCAUUUUGAGAGACGUCAAACUUUGCCUGAAAUAACCGCAGGUCUAGGCAUUGCGGAUUCAACAGCUAAAGAAGAAGCUAUUUUAAGAAACAUGGCUGGAAAAAAGAAACAUUCACUUCCUCAAGAUGAUUUACAUGAGGUUCCAAUGUUACCGGGAUGGGAAAGGGAAAAGGUAGCCACUUUAGCUCAUGAAGCUAGGGAAGCUCGAAUGAACCAACCUACUGGACCUGCUGUUCAUUUAGCUGCUGCUACUAAUUGGUUGGUUAAAUAUAAAUUUACAGGGUUAGUUAUAUUCUUCAACGCUUUGCUGUUGUAUCUGUUUAUGCGAAUACUUCAACCAAUCGAUCAAGACGAACGAAAACCGAGUUGAAGGCCAUUUUAAGCAAAGUUUAAACUCUUCAAGAUAUUUCAUUAAUUUUGAAGCUUCUCCGAUAUCUUUACAUAUCUGUAUUGUUUGAUCUAAAUGAAUUUGUUGAUUGUUAAAAGUGUGUAUUCAGAUCAACCUGAGAACCAUUUUGCUGCUCAAAAAUACUCCAACGCAUGAAUUAAUAUACAUAAUUACCAUCACAUCAUUCAUGAUAAAAUUGUUAUAUUGUUAUUAAAAUUUUGGUUGUGGAGUUAAA